AUGGCUGAGCUUGCUGCAUUACUACAAACAGAAAUUCCUGAAGGGCGAAAUCACCUUACAGAUAGUCAUACAAAUCUCGAAAGAGUGGCAGAAUACUGCGAAGCAAAUUAUUUCCAGUCUGAAAACAAACGAUUAGCACUCGAAAGUACUAAGAAUUAUACUACUCAGUCUUUGGCAAGUGUUGCAUACCAAAUCAACACUCUCGCAUAUAACUUUUUGCAAUUGUUGGAGCUUCAAACCAUGCAGUUGGCAGAAAUGGAGGGACAAAUGAACCACAUUGCUCAGACUGUAGCUAUACACAAGGAAAAGGUUGCUCGCAGAGAAAUUGGUGUUCUUACUGCUAAUAAAGUAACUAACAGGCAAUAUAAAAUAAUAGCACCAGCUAAUCCUGAAAAGCCUAUAAAGUAUGUAAGGAAGAGUAUUGAUUAUACAGCUCUUGAUGACAUUGGUCAUGGUGCUCGUUGGAACAGUAAUGUCAGUGGAACCCCUCGUGGACGUCGUUCAAGCUCAGUGCCUGGGGCUGCACCUCUUCCUGCCCCAACAACAAAACCUCCCACACCACCAGCUGCUGUGCGUUCUGCCUCAGCAUCAAAUACUGGCACUUUAGGACGUGGUACACUUGGCAAGUCAUCACGUGAGUACCGUACACCACCUGCUGUGGCUCCCCCACAGGUGCCUUCACAUUAUGCCCCUAACUACCCUCGACGCCCUCCUGGCUACUCCACCCUGCCUGUAGCACAACCACAGGUCGGUAUGGUACAUCCAACUCAACAUCAGUCUCCUAACAACUAUUCUCAACAAGAUCUACAUGCGAGCAUGCCACCCCCUCCAUCACCUUUGAUUGGAUCUGAUGGAGAACACAGCCAGCAUUCUAUGAGCCUUCCUGGUCAGCGUGCGUCUUCAUCUUCGGCGGGUGGGUCUAUCCGCGGUGGUUCGGUGUCUCCCCCCCUACCGCCACCCCCCAUGGACGAUGAACUCGCGCACGAUGGGUUUGGACGACAACAGCACGUGCAUAACAAGAUGGGCCCCUACAGUGGAGCAGUGCCGGCCAUAGUGCCAGACGAAGAAGACUUGCCCGGGUGGGUGCCCAAGAACUACAUGGAGAAAGUUGUGGCAAUCUAUGACUACUAUGCUGACAAAGAGGAUGAACUGUCAUUCCAAGAAAGUUCUGUUAUCUAUGUUUUGAAAAAGAAUGAUGACGGAUGGUGGGAAGGUGUUAUGGAUGGAGUCACUGGGCUCUUCCCUGGUAAUUAUGUUGAACACUGCGUGUAA